AUGUUUGCUCUUCCCGGUGCUGUAGCGGAUGAUGAAUGGAGCCCAGAAGUUGUUAGACAAAAUACAACAUUGUCUACUUCAGCUCAAGGGCUUGUGACUGGCAGCGGUGCACGUGAUGCUCAACGGAGGUUGAGCAUCGCUACACCUGCAGCCAGUCAGAUGAUAUUUGCCCUUCCCAGGGCUAUGGAGGAUGAGGAGUGGAGCCCAGAAGCUCAUGGACUCAUGACCAGCAGCGGAGAACGAGGCGCUCAACAGAGGUUGACCUCAUCUGCAGCUGAUCGAGAGUCCAUUGUGUCUUCUGGGGCUUCAGUGCACCACACAAUAGACACGGUGGAGAGGAGUACAGUAGAACAAAAAACAAAAUCACAAAAAAAGAAAGGAAAAAAGGGGAAGAAAAAGGGAAAAAAGGCGGCUAUCCGUUCUUUAAUCCAAAAAUCAUGGCAAACUAUAUGUCAGACAUUCUGUGUCUGCCAUAAUGAGGAAGACUUGGAUCCAUCUGACCCACCUGAUCCAUCUGAUCCUCAGCCAGGUCCAUCCGGCCUGGAGCCAUGUGCCCGUAGAGAUCAUGCUGAUUUACUCAAGCCAACGGGCUAUCUAGAACCAGGGAAAUGCCUGUCUGGUUCUUAUACCUUGGAAAAAACUGAAAUCCAAGAAGAGACUGGUCCCAAACAUUAUGGUCCCUUCGACCCGGAGCCCCGUGCUCAACCGGAUCAGACUAUUAGUCAGUCAUGCCCAUUCGGCCUGCAGAGGGCUCGUAAAGACAAUCGGCAAUAUAGUCCCUUCGGACUUGAGCCGGCGAGCUAUAAGGAACCUUUGAAAUGCCUCUCUGGUUCAUUAUGUUCCUUGGACUCAACUGAAAUCCAAGAAGAGACUGGUCCCAAACAUGAUGGUCCCUUCGACCCGGAGCCCCGUGCUCAACCGGAUCAGACUAUUAGUCAGUCAUGCCCAUUCGGCCUGCAGAGGGCUCGUAAAGACAAUCGGCAAUAUAGUCCCUUCGGACUUGAGCCGGCGAGCUAUAAGGAACCUUUGAAAUGCCUCUCUGGUUCAUUAUGUUCCUUGGACUCAACUGAAAUCCAAGAAGAGACUGGUCCCAAACAUGAUGGUCCCUUGGACCCGGAGCCCCGUGCUCAACCGGAUCAGACUACUAGUCAGCCAGGCCCAUCCGGCCUGCAGAGGGCUCGUGAAGACAAUCGGCAAUAUAGUCCCUUCGGACUUGAGCCGGCGAGCUAUAAGGAACCUUUGAAAUGCCUUUCUGGUUCAUUAUGUUCCUUGGACUCAACUGAAAUCCAAGAAGAGACUGGUCCCAAACAUGAUGGUCCCUUGGACCCGGAGCCCCGUGCUCAACCGGAUCAGACUACUAGUCAGCCAGGCCCAUCCGGCCUGCAGAGGGCUCGUGAAGACAAUCGGCAAUAUAGUCCCUUCGGACUUGAGCCGGCGAGCUAUAAGGAACCUUUGAAAUGCCUCUCUGGUUCAUUAUGUUCCUUGGACUCAACUGAAAUCCAAGAAGAGACUGGUCCCAAACAUGAUGGUCCCUUGGACCCGGAGCCCCGUGCUCAACCGGAUCAGACUACUAGUCAGCCAGGCCCAUCCGGCCUGCAGAGGGCUCGUGAAGACAAUCGGCAAUAUAGUCCCUUCGGACUUGAGCCGGCGAGCUAUAAGGAACCUUUGAAAUGCCACUCUGGUUCAUUAUGUUCCUUGGACUCAACUGAAAUCCAAGAAGAGACUGGUCCCAAACAUGAUGGUCCCUUGGACCCGGAGCCCCGUGCUCAACCUGAUCAGACUACUAGUCAGCCAGGCCCAUCCGGCCUGCAGAGGGCUCGUGAAGAUAAUCGGCAGUAUAGUCCCUUCGGACUCGAGCCGGCCGGCUAUAAAACACCAGUCUAUUGCCAGGCUAGUACAUCAAAGCAAACAGAUCGUCAAGUUCCAGCUAAACCUGAACAUCGUCCAUGCUCUGAAGAGGAGAAAAGUGAUGAAGCUGAAGCUGACCCUGAACCAUCUGACCUGCAGUUAAAUUACCGGCCUGGAAGAAUAUUUAAAUUACAUUAUGAAAUGGGAAGACAUAUAGGAAGAGGUGCCUUUGGUAAUGUUUUUGAGGGAAGACGCCUGUCUGAUAACAAAACGGUCGCCAUCAAAAUAAUCGAGAAGUCAUUUAGGAACCGGUACAUCGAACUUCCUGAUCACCAAAGGCCUUUAGUUGCAGAAGUGGCUAUAAAUCUACUUUUACUCAAACCUAAGAAAAGCCCACACAUUGUGGAAAUGUUGGACUGGUUUACUGAAGAUCAUGAGCACAUCCUGGUUUUAGAGAAUCCGGCUCCCUGCGUGACCCUGACGAAGUUUAUAAGAGACAAACGUCGCAUCUCUGAAGAGCUGGCACGUGAUUUUAUGCACCAAGCAAUCCUCGGUGCUAAAGACUGCUUUAGGCGCGGUGUCUACCAUGGUGACAUAAAGCUUGAUAACAUCCUGAUCAAUACAGACACGUUGAAGCUCAAGUUAAUCGACUUUGGAGUCAGCAAACUUACGAAAGCUUGUACCGUUCAUGGCGUGGACAAAGAGAAGCUAGGACCUUGUGUUGCAAACACGAUCUGUUCUUUGGGUGCUUUACUUUACAAAAUUCUGCAUGGAGACGAUCUGACUAAACCAUAUUAUGCAUUCACCAAAAGUGAUCGGGCUAGAACUUCAUCCAAAGAGUGUGAAGAUUUCAUGGAUCUGUGUUUUCAGGAUGAUAAAAGCGGCAGAAAGAGAAAGCCAAAAUUAGAUGAUCUCUUAAAACACCCAUGGAUGAUGAAAAAAUAAAUAUUG